UAACCAGUUAGGGGCCCUGGUACAUCAAAGGGCAGUAAUAACAGAAGAAUUCAAAGUGCCUGAUAAAAUGGUUGGGUUCAUUAUCGGCCGGGGUGGUGAGCAGAUUUCACGGAUUCAGGCAGAAUCUGGUUGCAAGAUUCAGAUUGCACCAGAGAGUUCUGGGAUUCCAGAGAGGCCCUGUGUACUUACCGGAACCCCAGAAAGUAUUGAACAAGCCAAGCGACUAUUGGGACAAAUUGUUGAUCGAUGUCGGAAUGGACCUGGAUUUCAUAAUGAUGUAGAUGGGAAUAACACAAUCCAGGAGAUUCUCAUCCCUGCAUCUAAAGUGGGGCUAGUCAUUGGCAAAGGAGGAGAAACCAUAAAGCAGUUACAGGAGCGAACAGGUGUGAAAAUGAUAAUGAUCCAAGAUGGUCCUUUGCCCACUGGAGCAGACAAACCCCUUCGUAUUACUGGAGACCCAUUCAAAGUACAGCAAGCAAGGGAAAUGGUACUAGAGAUUAUCCGAGAAAAGGAUCAAGCUGACUUCCGAGGCGUGCGCAGUGAUUUCAGCUCCCGAAUGGGAGGGGGCAGUAUAGAGGUAUCUGUGCCUAGGUUUGCCGUUGGUAUAGUAAUAGGAAGAAAUGGGGAAAUGAUCAAAAAAAUUCAGAAUGAUGCUGGUGUAAGGAUUCAGUUUAAACCAGAUGAUGGGAUUAGUCCUGAAAGAGUUGCACAGGUCAUGGGACUUCCAGAAAGGUGUCAACAUGCAGCACAUGUCAUCAGUGAGCUUAUUAUUACAGCACAGGAACGUGAUGGUGUAGGAGGUAUCUCUGUACCCAGAGGAAGAGGUCGUGGCCGAAGUGAUUGGAGUGUCGGGACACCUGGGGGGCUGCAGGAGGUCACCUACACAGUCCCAGCAGACAAAUGUGGCCUUGUUAUAGGCAAAGGUAAGAAAACCCUACUGGAUUUUCAUUUCCUUUUUCACACCACCUCACACCAAUACCUCUAG